AUGGAUAAGAUUUUGAUUCAGAGCAAUAAAACAGAUGAAAGAGACAAAUUUCUUAAAAUUUUACAAUAUGGAAGCUUGUUUUUGAAAGCUCUUUUAAAGAAUCAAGACUUAAAAGAAAGAUUUCAGGGUCUCUUUUCAGCUUCAACUUUUUCCAGAAAAAUGUUUCGUCUUUUUAAAGGAAUCCACGACAUUGAUGCCAUAAAUAAAAUUUUUCAAGACAGUUCUUUAAACAGAACAGCAAAAUUUUUGCAAAUUUUUACGAGGCUUGGCUUCUUCUUUUAUUUCUUUUUUGACAAUCUGGCAACUUUUUCAUCACUCAAAGUAAUUAAUCUCAAUACGCCAUUUUAUUCAAAAUCUGCGAUGAAAAGCUGGUUUUUUGGGUUAUUUUUUGCUUUUUUAAACAUUUUGAGAAGUCUGUGUCAUAAUUAUGUCAAUGAUUAUAAAAGCAAAAAUCCAACUCUUGGAUCACCUAAAAUUGAAUCUCAUAAUGCAGUUAUUGAGAAAAUAAGGAAAGAAAGAAAGCAAUUAUACAUAAAUCUAUUAACUCUCCCCCUAUGAGACAAAAAGAUAAUAGAAAAAUGGUAAGCCUAUCCUCUAUGAGCGAACAAAAAAUUUUUUAAUGAAAAAAAUAUUUUGAUAUAUAAGUGAUAAUUAUUAUAAUGAAAUUUCAGCUAAAUCUGUUUAAUUUAAACAGUUCAUAUAUAAGAUUAAGAAGAUUAAGAUUACGCUGGGUAUUUAAGGUCCCUACUACGUCCGAGGUCGCAUGCCACGGUUUCCCGUGUGGUGGCAGAGCGUUCACCAAGCCCGGGCCGAAACCCCCGGUUUCUCGGUAGAGGUAUUGUCAAGGGCCGUCUCAUACCGGCUUUGCUGACCACCUCCAUUUCCAACUUGGAUCGUCGCCUAAGUUUACGCCAACUCCGCUUCGUCGUCCGCCAGAUCUGCCCAUUGAAGGGCACCUUUUCAACUGGAGAGACCCCCGUUUUGGUGUCUAACUCGCCUCCCCUCUUUUCCGGUCAUCCCGAGAAAGAACUCAACAGCUUUCGCCAUUCGGGGCGAGCCACUAAAGCAGCUUAGGCAGGUAAUUCACCCUGCCUCAUUUCGGGCACUCACUGGGCUGAGCGCUGCUGGCAAAAAGAAGUCACGAAUAACUGCCCAUGGGUCUGGUCGCAAAAACAGCGGCUCUCGCGCUUAGGCCUCUCGCUUCGAGGUCCCAGACGUUGUUGGGCUAAUUCCUGGCUCCAAAACCAUGCCCGGAUAUACAUGGGUAACCACCACUGAGAGGGUGGGUCGGUCGCCAUACGCCAUUUUAUGUAUAUAAACAGUUCAUAUAUAAAGCAUAAAUUUACAAAUUAAAAUUAAUAUUUUCUUUAAAAUAUUCAAAUGGGAAUUUUUUAAUUUUGAAUAAAAAAAUAUAAAUUUUUUUAACCCCCUGUCAUCGAAUAAAUUUUUGUUUGCUAAUGGAGGAGUAAGAAUUCUAGGUGACUUAAUUCCAGCCUCUGCAUUUGGGACUAAUAUCCCUACACUUUUAUUUGGGAAAAAUUUUUCAGACUUAUGAAUUGGAAUAGGAGGUUUGGUUUCUGCAGGAAUUUCCUUAUAUCAAGCUUGGCCAUAG